AUGGCGGAUAUGUGUGGUUUCUUUGCAGAGAAUGUGAACGAUCUUAAAAAUUGGACCCAUAGUAACGUCGUUGAAGCAUACGUGAACAAAUAUGGUCCUGAUCCAAACAUAUUUUUUGGUAAGAUUUAUAGAGAUUUACAUGCCAUCCAAGAAAACGUAUUCAUAAAGGAAUCGGUAAAGCAGAAGGCAGAAGAAUUCCUGACUAAUUGGCAGGAAAGUACACAGACAUUACUCGUGUUUUUAGGGGUUUGGACUCAGCAUUAUAAAAGGCAUUAUAAGGGUGAGGCCGAAGUUCAGCAGCUCAAAGUCAAGGAGGAUAUAUUCACGCUUCGAGCCAGCACAGAAGCAACCCUGACAAAUGCAGAGGGUGCUCUUAAAGCUGGCAAGCUGCUCAAGAACCAUAUGGAGGCGGCUGUAUUAAAAAGCACGCAAACUUUGAAACGGACACACAAUGAUAAGACAGAGAACCCAGACCCUGUAGGGCAAGAAGAAGAGGAUGAUACAGAUGAAUUUGACGAUAGUGCAAGUGAAUUUGACAAUAAUGCAAGUGAAGUUGUAUCAAACAAACGCGUAUGCUAUGAUCAGUUGGAAAAGUGCGGCAGGAGAAGCAGCAGAAACAAUGACGGAGAUGCAGAAGAACAAGCGGAUGAAUCUGCUUUGGAUUUGAAAUUGUUAUUGGAAAAUUAUUCUAAGAAAAAAACGACAUCACCAUAUGAUCCAUCUCAUAGCUUUAUACUGGAUUUGUCGCCACUAUCUAAAAUCCGAGAUAGUAUCAGCCGUGAAGAAUGGGCUAUGCUAGUAUCAGAUAAACCUCCAAUAAUGCAAAAGUCGUAUCACCAUGAGAUCGAAUCUCUUCUUGUUCAUUUGUUUGGAAAGUUUGAUAAAGGAGUAAGGACAUUUGGAUUACGAGAAGUGAAGCUCUGUUUGACUCGCAAUUUGUGGUACACUCUACGUAGCCUGCCUGCUCCCAAAUAUAGUGACAAUUUCUCAUAUAAUAAAGAUGAAUGGAAGAAGAUUCAAUGUUGGGUCGAGCAAGCUGUUGGGCACUUUUUGGAUGCCUUUGAAUCUUCACGAAACCCACUGCAACAGGGUGGCUGUCAUGAACAUGAAUGGUUCCAUGGCUAUGUAAUUCCUAUCUUUCAAAAGGCCCUGGCCUUAGAUAGCACCUGCUAUGUGCCAUGGGGAGAAGUCUCGGUCUUAGCAUCCCAACGUCGUCAUAAUCACAAUAAGGAUGUUUGUAUAGUAAUAGAGAAAGUUGAACGUGUACAUAUGCUAUGUUCGUAUGAGCAGUAUGAGCUUGUCUGUGGACUGUCCUGUGGUGGACCACACUUCCAUGAUCUUACAAAAUUGAGCUCAGAUGAGUUCAGUCUUCCACGAAUAAUGAAAGACAUGCUUGAUGACAUACGAUUGAAGUUUCAUUGUGCUUCCAAGGAUGAGUCACGAUUGUAUGUUCUUGGAUUGCAAACUUAUAUGACAGAAAUUCGCAUUUACUUAAUGGAUAGACGUGAAGUAUAUCGGCUCCAUUUUGUCAAGACUUUUACCCUUCCACUCGCAUUUCCUGCUUAUCAGAACUUGAGGACUGCACUGAAAUGGGCUUGGAAUGUUCGGGGAAUGGUCAAAGGAUUGAUCGAAGAAAUUGAAAAGGAUUCUGAUGACGACGACGACAGAGUCAAGACACCAUUGUAUGAACCUUUGAUCAUGCCAACCCAAAAUACACCCAAAAAGGUCCCAAAGAAAAGGGUGACGAAGAAAUGA